UAAAGUAUAAUUUAGCCCAUCUCUUUCAAAUAGCUCUUCUCGUUCGUCCUCGUCCUCCUCUUUUUCCUUCCUCCGAUCUCCCAUGGCCACCACCUCCAUCUCCGUCGCCCUCAACUCUCCGGCGAUCUCUUCCCGCCUCGCCGCAGCUUCCCGGAGGGCGGCGCCGCCCCUCGCGCGCCGCUCCGCCGCGCCGGCCACCUCUCUCCGGUCGCCGCCUCUUCGCGCCGCGUUCGGAUCCGCUGAACCCGCACCCUUCGCCUUCUCCGGUUUAAGAACUCAGGUUUCAACUACUGAUCAGGCAAUUACUGAAGAUGCUCAAAAGGUGGAAGCUCCAGUUGUUGUUGUUACUGGAGCCUCCAGAGGAAUUGGAAGAGCUAUAGCAUUGGCUCUUGGUAGGGCUGGGUGCAAGGUCCUUGUGAAUUAUGCGAGAUCUGCAAAAGAAGCUGAAGAAGUUUCAAAAGAAAUUGAGUCAUCUGGUGGUCAAGCAAUUAUAUUUGGAGGGGAUGUUUCAAAAGAAGCUGAUGUGGAAUCUAUGGUGAAAACGGCAGUCGAUGCCUGGGGAACGGUUGACAUAUUAGUGAAUAAUGCAGGAAUUACUCGAGAUACAUUAUUAAUGCGAAUGAAGAAAUCGCAGUGGCAAGAAGUAAUUGAUCUCAAUCUUACAGGAGUUUUCCUCUGUACGCAGGCUGCAACAAAAAUUAUGAUGAAAAAGAAAAAGGGGAGAAUUAUUAACAUAGCAUCGGUUGUCGGUCUCGUUGGAAAUGUUGGUCAAGCUAAUUAUAGCGCUGCCAAGGCCGGGGUAAUUGGCUUCACGAAAACCGUCGCAAGGGAGUAUGCAAGCAGAAAUAUCAAUGUUAAUGCUGUUGCUCCCGGAUUUAUUGCAUCUGAUAUGACUGCUAAGCUCGGAGAGGAUCUCGAGAAGAAAAUCUUGCAGACAAUCCCACUAGGGAGGUAUGGUCGACCGGAAGAAGUUGCUGGCUUGGUGGAGUUCCUGGCCCUUAGUCCUGCGGCUAGUUACAUUACUGGCCAGGUGUUCACCAUUGAUGGCGGUAUGGUAAUGUAGAACAGGAGCAGAGCUUAUGAAAACAGCAUUCGGAUAUCGAACUAAUGAUCUGUUAUUACGGCACCAUAUCGCACUCUUUGCAGGUAAAUAACUCGGCAUAGAGUUAGAUUUUCGAGAAGGUACCUAGCAUUUUUGCAGUUUCUGUGUCUUUCCUUGCAAAUUUCUGUGUGUUUUUUUGUUGCUAUAUAAUCCCUUUUUUGCCUGUUGUUUUGAAAUGCUUUUUCGAAAUGAGCUUAUCAGAUAAAGAAAAGUUUGGCAAUUUAUUGGACAGUUUUGUUGCCAUUUA